CGCCUAGUUGCUCUGCGGCCACGACUUUCGCCAGCGGACUUUGAGAGUUUACUUUUGUACUGCCUGCAUGAUUGUAAAAUCCGUCCACUCUCUCACUAUCGCUGCGUAUUCGGCCAUGGCCACUCCCGGCGACAACCCCUCAAUCCCCGGCCUCGCCCACAUCCGUCAACCCUCACAAACCCAAACCAUCGAAGCCUUUGAAGCAGAAUAUCACGCACAGCAGGAGCAAAAGCCCGCCGACAUCACCGCGCCGGUCGCGCUGAGCCGGGGCUACGUAUCCGCCCACGUCGAGCGCUUCAACCACCUCUGCCAGACGCACGGCGUAGUAAACGACUUCAGCUACACCGAGUCCGCCGACCCCAAGGGCUGGUCCGUGGUGCUGCGCUUCGGGUUCGGGCUGCUGGGUGCUGAGGGCCGAGUAGAGCAGUUUGAGCUUGAAGAGAAGGGCCCGUUUGUGAACAAGAAGGAGGCAAAGGCCGCCGUGUCGGAGAGAGGGUCCAUCGUCCUGCUCGAGGCGGCCGAGAAGCGCGCGCAAGAGAAGAAGGCCAAUGCCAGCCCGUCGCCGGCGAUGGAAGCCAUGGCUGGUCCGCCGUCGGGCGAGCCCGCAAGGGACGCGUCUGCCGUGACGGAGAACUGGAUCGGCUUGCUGCUGGAAUACAGUUCAGCAACCGGCACGCCGCCGCCCCAAUUCCAAGACUUCAGCAUCGGGUCGCGCUUCGCGUGCGAAUGCGCCUUCGCGCCGCGGGCCUCGCAGCCCUUCGGCACGCGCGAAGAGCUGUUCCCGAACAAAAAGAGCGCCAAGACGAACGCGGCGCGCGAGGCUGUCGAGUGGCUGCGCAGCCAGGGCAUGAUGCCGGAGCGCGGGCACCCGAGCAAGAAGAAGUUCCGAGCCGCGAACGCGCCGGCCCCGCCGCCGCAGCCCCCGCCGUCGGUGCUGGCGGGCUUGAGUGGCGGGCCGGUUGGGCCUAUGCCUGUUGGCGGGAAUGGCAAUGGGAGCGGGUCGGGCUCUGAGAGCGAGGGCGCGGUCGCUAGGGGCCAGAUGGGCAAGGAGCGCAGUUACGGCGAGCAAGUCAUGGCAUUCUGCCCCACAGUCGGAUGCAUGCAGCCCGAGUACCGCCUGGCGCAAGACGCGCGCGUCCCCGGCUUCUGGAGCGGCGCCGCCUUCUUCCCCCACGACCCGCUGAUCGCGAAAAACGGGCCCGUGGCCGAGAUCCGCAACGUGUGGGGCAAGAAGACGGCGCGCGAGCUGUGCGCCAAGGGCGUGCUGGCGCAUUUGAAGGCGGUGGCGGCGCGGAGGGCCGAGGAGGCUAAGAGGCUGGGCUUGGGUGCGUAGGGGUGAGGGUGGGGGUUGAUGUGUAGGGGGUCAAGGUUUGUUUGUUUGAGGGACGCUUGUUACGAGUUAUGAUUGUUCUGUGAAUGGGGGGAUGGGCGAGAUGGAUGCCAUUUCGUAGAGGUUGUAUAGUGGUGAGUUGGAGGCAUGAUACCCGCGGGCUACGUAUAGUACAGUACGACAUUGAACA